GCAGAAGCGGCCAGCCCCACCACUAGCAGGAGGCAUGGGCGCAUGGCUGCCAGCGGAGGCUGAGCACUCUGAAGAAAAGCCUGUGCUCCCCCAAGGUGCUUCUUUACGGGGCUGACUUGCAUGUGGAUUAAUUCAAGAGAUUUGAAGGGAUACUCGGUAAAGCAUGGUGGCGCAUGAUGAUAUUGGAGGUCUCUUACCUAUUAAAAGGACUAUCCGAGUCCUAGAUGUUAAUAACCAGUCCUUCAGAGAACAAGAGGAGCCAAGCAAUAAAAGAGUUCGACCUCUUGCUCGGGUCACGUCCUUGGCAAACUUAAUCUCUCCUGUAAGAAAUGGAGCAGUCAGACGUUUUGGUCAAACAAUACAGUCAUUUACCCUUCGUGGUGACCACAGAUCCCCAGCCUCUGCCCAGAAGUCAUCUAGCAGAUCAACAGUCCCAACGCCAGCCAAGAGAAGAAGCAGUGUGCUAUGGUCAGAGAUGUUAGACAUCAGCAUGAAGGAGUCUUUGACAACCAGAGAAAUCAAACGUCAGGAGGCAAUAUAUGAAAUGUCCCGGGGUGAACAGGAUUUAAUUGAGGAUCUCAAGCUUGCAAGAAAGGCCUACCAUGACCCCAUGUUAAAGUUGUCUAUCAUGUCAGAAGAAGAACUCACACACAUAUUUGGUGAUUUGGAUGCUUAUAUACCUCUGCAUGAAGAUUUGUUGGCAAGACUAGGAGAAGCCACCAAGCCUGAUGGAACAGUGGAACAGAUCGGGCACAUUCUUGUGAACUGGUUACCAGGUUUGAAUGCCUACAAAGGCUAUUGCAGUAACCAGCUGGCAGCCAAAGCUCUUCUUGAUCAAAAGAAACAAGAUCCAAGAGUCCAAGACUUUCUCCAGCGAUGUCUUGAGUCUCCCUUCAGUCGAAAACUAGAUCUUUGGAGCUUCCUAGAUAUCCCUCGAAGUCGCCUAGUCAAAUACCCUUUACUGUUAAAAGAAAUUCUUAGACACACUCCAAAAGACCACCCUGAUGUUCAGCUUCUGGAGGAAGCAGUAGUGAUAAUACAAGGAGUUCUCUCCGAUAUCAACUUGAAGAAAGGUGAAUCUGAGUGCCAGUAUUACAUUGACAAGCUAGAAUAUCUGGAUGAGAAACAGAAGGACCCUAGAAUUGAAGCAAGUAAAGUGCUUCUGUGCCACGGGGAGCUGAAGAAUAAAAAUGGACAUAAACUUUACAUAUUCCUGUUUCAAGACAUCUUGGUUCUGACCCGGCCUGUUACACGAAAUGAGCGCCACUCCUACCAGGUUUACCGGCAGCCCAUCCCAGUCCAGGAGCUGGUGCUAGAAGACCUGCAGGAUGGGGAUGUGCGCAUGGGAGGCUCCUUUCGAGGGGCUUUUGGCAACUCAGAUAAAGCUAAAAAUAUCUUUAGAGUCCGCUUCCAAGACCCCUCUCCAGGCCAGUCUCACACUCUGCAAGCCAAUGAUGUAUUCCAUAAGCAGCAGUGGUUCAAUUGUAUCCGAACCGCCAUUGCCCCUUUCCAGCAGGCCGUCAGUCCACCAGAGCUUCAGGGUUUGCCAGAGCUCCACGAAGAGUGUGAAGAGAACAACCCUUCUGCUGGGAACCUCAGAGCCCAGAGAAGGGCGUCCACAGUUUCCAGCAUGAUGCAGGUAGAAGGUGACGAAAACGCCUCAGAAUUUAGCUCCAGCUUGCAGGUGGCAGACACCAAGAGUGCAAAAACACACCGGACACAGGCUGGCUUCCGAAGAGCCAGGGACAAAGCCCAGCUCUGCGGCAAACGGAAGGAGACUUUGGUGUAAAGGAAGCUCUGUGUAUUAACUGGUGGAAAGAUUGUUUAUUUAUAAAUGUGUACAGUUUUGUUUUCCUUGUAAUGGAAGCGUGGGCUCAUCAUAGGGUUACUUUGUACCAGUUGUAACAUUUUCAUGGUUUGGGGUUCUUUUUAUGUCUUGUUUUUGUUUUUGUUUUAAUGGCAGCUAAAGAGAUGCAGAUUACUGUUAAAUUGCAGACUUUUUAAAAAAAGGAUAUUUCUCAGAUUAUUUAGAUUGUGCAAGCCUGGUAUUUUUAAUCAAAUGAAAUAUUUACGAACUGAGUUUUAUCCUAAUUCUGAAUUUAUCAUAACUUUCCAAUAACAACAAUUAUGAUAUUUACAGUGCCAGCCAAAACAGAAUUUUCAAAGACUGGAAUUCUACCAGUUUCUUUAUUAAGGCUUGCUUGCAAAAUUUGAAAUUUUGACAUUGGCACCUAGAUUUUAUGUUUGAAGUAUCUCAAAAUUUAUGUUGAAACAGCUUCCUGGAAAACAAACCACAAAACUUAACAAGUUUUCCAUUUUAUCAACUGGAAUACCAUAUAUUAGCUUGUUUUUCACUGCACAUUCCUCAUUUUUCAUUCAUUUAUCCUGCCAGUUAUUUAAUGUUUUUUUAUUGUAAAGUAGUUUUU